AUGGACCACACAUGCCCAAUAGAAACCAGAUUCAACAAUCAAAACCAAGCAUCUGCAUCACACAUUGCUGAAUCCAUCAAGCUGAAGUAUCUAAAUGUCAAAACAAAAUACACACCAAUAGAUAUUAAGAAUGAUAUGGAGACUAUACAUGGAGUCAAGAUCAGCUACAUGAUGGCUUGGAGAUCAAAAGAAAAGGCAUUUGAGAUGUUAAGAGGAAAGCCAUGUGAUUCUUACAAAGCGCUGCCCACUUUUUUAUAUAUGCUUGCAGCUACAAAUCCUGGAUCAGUCAUUGACAUAGAAUUGAGAGACGACGACUCAUUUUUGUAUGUAUUCACAGCAUUAAAGGCAUCAAUUGAAGGUUGGCAGCAUUGCAAACCAAUCAUGGUUGUUGAUGGAACAUUCUUGAAGGCAACAUUUGGUGGCAUGCUUCUUGUUGCAACAGCUCAAGAUGCAUCUGGAAAGCUAUUCCCUCUAGCAUUUUCAGUUGUAGAUUCAGAAAAUGAUGAUUCGUGGAAGUAUUUUUUCUAUCAAAUUAGGGAGGCAUUUGGAACAAGAGAAGAUAUAUGCAUUGAAUCAGACAGACAUCUCAGCAUAGAAUCAGCUGUUAAGAAGGUAUAUCCUGAAGCUGCACAUGGAAUAUGCAUAUUUCAUCUACUUAAUAACCUGAAGACACAUUUCAAGAAAAAUGCAAAGAAUAUUAAAGAACCUUUCUUUGGGGCAGCUAAAGCAUACACUGAGAAGGAAUUUAACUAUCACAUGAAAGUGUUGAAUAGUUUAGAUGAUCGAAUUAUACCAUUUCUUGCUGAUAUUGGCUACGCUAGAUGGUCGAGGGUACAUUGUAAAAGCAAAAGGUACAAAACUAUGACCUCUAACUUAGCCGAGUCAUUAAAUGCAGCAAUUUUACAUGCAAGAGAACUUCCAAUCACAUCAUUACUUAUGCACCUACAUGACCUCCAACAAGAGUACUCAUACAAAAACAGAAAUAUUGCUAUGAAUACAGUCACAACACUUACAACAAACCAUGAAGAUGCUCUUUUCCAAAAUUACAUUCAUUCACUGAAACUACAGGUAAAACCGUCUACAAAAAAUAUCAUAUCAGUGAUGGAGAAUGGCAAAAAGUACACAGUCAACAUGACAAAGAGGACGUGCACUUGCAAAAAGUUUGAAACCGAUGAAAUUCCUUGUAAGCAUGCUGUAGCGGUUCUAAACAAGGACAAGAUUAAACCUUAUGAAUAUUGUUCAAAAUACUAUACAAAAGCAGCUAUGUUAGCAACAUAUAGUGAGACAGUAUAUCCAUUAGAGAGGGAAGAAUGGAUUAUACCAGAAGAAGUCAAGGACCAAGUUGUCUUACAUAGAACAAGAACCGGAAGGCCAAAAAAGAGAAGAUUCACAUCACAUGUGGAAAGAAAAGGCAAAUUUGGAAAGUGCGGACAUGCUGGGCACAAUAAGAAGACCUGCCAAAACAUGCCAAAACCUGCAUAA